AUGGCUAUGCGCCGCACCGUCGCAUUUGCGGCUCACACACUCACGAUCCCAGUACCAAAGAACCGUCGACCAAAGUUUGACCUGCACCUGAGAAUCAUCGACCUCAACAACGUUCCCCUCGUAUCCGGUACAUCUUUUGUGAAAUGGCACCUUUUGCACUCGACAGCCGCCGAACACCGCGGUCGUACAGAGAGCUGCUAUGUAAAGGACCAUAAAGUUGCCUACGACUAUGAGGCUACACUCCCCGUCCGGCUUACCGUGGACAAGAACGGCAUGUUGCAGGAGUGCUACGUCGAGUUUGAAGUUAUCCAAGAGUACGGGACAGGCAGAGGCGAGAGGAUGACUCUGGGCACUGUCAAGCUCAACCUGGCAGAGUACGUGGAACAGAGCGAGAUGGGCACUGUGGCGGGCGAGGAGCCGGGCGUCACACGGCGAUACCUCAUGCAAGACAGCAAAAUCAACAGCACGCUCAAGAUUGGGAUAUACAUGAAACAGAUCGAGGGAGACAAGAACUACAUCGCGCCUGCACUCAAGACUGCCCAGGUCUUCAGCGGCAUUGCGGGUAUCAUGGCCGCCACACACUCGUCAGCGAACAAGUCGCGCGAAGCUGGUGAGCUACAGGAUAUGUACAGGCGCACCCUAGCCGCAUACUGGUCGGCUCAGCCCGGCGAGCUGAAGGCGGACGAAUGCAUAGAGGACAUCUUUGCUGGCGGAGACGGCUGGGGCGACAAGUCCUACUCGCAGCAAACACGGGCUCAGCAAUCGUUGCGCUUCGCAGGUGACGGCAGCAGCUCUGUAAGUGAAAACGGAUCGAGGCACAUGCAUGGCAGCAGCAUCAGUCGCAAGUCGCAUGAGACGCUGCGACCCGGGGACAUGAAACCGCUCCGCUCGCCAAACGUGCGAGGCCGGGAAAGCUUGGAACAGCGGGCAUCGCACCUGAAGGCGAAGGCCGAGGCGGCGCGGCAACGACAGCGGCCGGUCCAAGAGGUCAAUGAGUUUGAUCUGCGAGAAGACCUGGUCAGCUGGCAUCGGCCGACGUGA